AUGGACUUGGACGUGGACGUGGACAUGGACGUGGACAUGGACGUGGACAUGGACGUGGACGUGGACAUGGACGUGGACAUGGACGUGGACGUGGACGUGGACGUGGACAUGGACGUGGACGUGGACGUGGACGUGGACAUGGACAUUGACGUGGACGUGGACGUGGACGUGGACAUGGACGUGGACGUGGACGUGGACGUGGACAUGGACGUGGACAUGGACGUGGACGUGGACAUGGACGUGGACGUGGACAUGGACGUGGACAUGGACGUGGACGUGGACGUGGACAUGGACGUGGACGUGGACGUGGACGUGGACGUGGACAAGGACGUGGACGUGGACGUGGACAUGGACGUGGACGUGGACGUGGACAUGGACGUGGACGUGGACGUGGACAUGGACGUGGACAUGGACGUGGACAUGGACGUGGACGUGGACGUGGACGACAUGGACGUGGACAUGGACGUGGACGUGGACGUGGACGUGGACAUGGACGUGGACAUGGACGUGGACGUGGACGUGGACGUGGACAUGGACGUGGACAUGGACGUGGACGUGGACAUGGACAUGGACGUGGACGUGGACAUGGACGUGGACAUGGACGUGGACGUGGACGUGGACAUGGACGUGGACGUGGACAUGGAAGUGGACAUGGACGUGGACGUGGACGUGGACGUGGACGUGGACGUGGACGUGGACGUGGACAUGGACGUGGACGUGGACGUGGACGUGGACGUGGAGAACGUGGACGUGGACAUGGACGUGGACGUGGACGUGGACGUGGACAUGGACGUGGACAUGGACGUGGACAUGGACGUGGACGUGGACAUGGACGUGGACAUGGACGUGGACGUGGACAUGGACGUGGACGUGGACGUGGACGUGGACAUGGAUGUGGACGUGGACGUGGACGUGGACGUGGACAUGGACGUGGACAUGGACGUGGACGUGGACGGGACGUGGACAUGGACGUGGACGUGGACGUGGACGUGGACGUGGACAUGGACGUGGACGUGGACGUGGACGUGGACAUGGACGUGGACGUGGACGUGGACAUGGACGUGGACAUGGACGUGGACAUGGACGUGGACGUGGACGACUUGGACGUGGACAUGGACGUGGACGUGGACGUGGACGUGGACGUGGACGUGGACGUGGACGUGGACGUGGACGUGGACGUGGACGUGGACGUGGACAUGGACGUGA